UUAUUUUUUUCUGAAAAAACAUUACAGAGCGUGAGCCAGGGUGGGUGUGCGCGAUAGAUUCGUUGGCGAAAUAGAAAUGGCGUCCUCUCUGCGUCGCAUCUCGAGCCACGCUGGUGCUCUUCGAACCACGGUUGCCCAGUGGUCGAGGCCAUUCUCCGCCGAUGCACUCGUUGAAGUCAAGCCCGGCGAGAUCGGGUUGGUCUCUGGGAUUCCCGAAGAGCAUCUUCAUAGAAGGGUGGUAAUAUACUCACCUGCUAGAACAGCUUCUCAACAAGGAUCAGGGAAAGUUGGGAAAUGGAAAAUCAACUUCUUGUCCACUCAAAAGUGGGAAAAUCCACUGAUGGGUUGGACAUCUACUGGGGAUCCAUAUGCAAAUGUGGGUGAUGCUGCGCUAUGUUUUGACAGCGAAGAAGCUGCAAGGGCAUUUGCAGAGAAACAUGGUUGGGAUUACGUGGUUAAGAAACGACACACACCAUUAUUGAAGCCGAAGGCAUAUGCAGACAACUUCAAGUGGAAGGGCCCUGUAUUGGAUGGAAAAUGAUUCUGCAACUGGUGUUGUUUCUUGGUUAUAUGAUAGAGACAUUGUGCAACAAGGCUUUUGGUUUUCUAAUUUUGUUAAGAAAAUCAGUGAUCUCCAAAUGAACUCCUUGAUUAUAAUAAUUGGGACCCCCAUGAUUUAUACAUUUUUGCUACA